GCAGGUCCUGGAAGUCCUGGAGCAGGUUCUGGAAGGUUCUGGAGAUCCUUGAGGUUCUGGAUCAGGUCUAAUGAGUCAUGGACGAGUCAGCGUUGGAGCGAUACUUCGAUGACUCGAUUGCAAAUGACUCUGGCUUUAUUUUGGGGGAGGAGCUUGGCCUGCAGAGCCCCGCCCCACCCCUGGUGGGGAAGGCGGUGCCUGGCGGCGAGCUGAGCGAGGAGCUCGACCUCAGCUUCCUGCCUGAUGACAUCAGCACGCAGGACGAGCCAGGUCGCCAUGAACACACAGCAUGUGUCCCAGCUGACAGCACUGCAGCUCUGGAUGUCUCUCAGGACAGCGCCGUUUGUCUGGACUACAACUCCCAGCAUGCCUCAGCAGCAGCCGGGCCCCAGCAGGGGGCCACCCUGUCGGGGACAGGGGCCUCCCCCUUUUGUCCCAUGACCCCAAUGACCCCGAUGACCCCCAUGACCCCGAUCACAGAGAGGUCAGGGAUCAUCCCGCAGCUGCAGAACAUUGUGUCCACAGUGAACCUCGGAUGUCCUCUGGAUUUGAAGUUCAUCGCGCUGCAGGCCAGAAACGCAGAAUACAACCCAAAGCGCUUCGCUGCCGUCAUCAUGAGGAUCAGAGAUCCCAGAACCACCGCACUGAUCUUCAGCUCCGGGAAGAUGGUCUGUACCGGAGCCAAGAGUGAGGAUCAAUCCCGUCUUGCUGCCAGGAAGUAUGCCCGUGUGGUCCAGAAACUGGGUUUCUCUGCUCGUUUCCUGGACUUUAAGAUCCAAAACAUGGUGGCGAGCUGCGACGUCUGUUUCCCCAUCAGACUGGAGGGACUGGUGCUCACACACCAGCAGUUCAGCAGUUAUGAGCCCGAGUUGUUCCCAGGACUCAUCUACCGCAUGGUGAAGCCUCGCAUUGUCCUGCUCAUCUUCGUGUCCGGGAAGGUUGUUCUGACCGGAGCGAAGGAACGAUCGGAGAUCUACGAGGCGUUUGAGAACAUUUAUCCGAUCCUGAGAGGCUUCAGGAAGCAGUGACUUCCUGUUUAUCUCGAAAUAAAUCAGAUGUUUAGUGAA